UCAAAUUACUAUUUUAUUCUUAAAAUCCUUUUUCAUUAGUCAAGUUGUUAACUCAACCUGUUUCGUGCACAUUAAGAGAGUUUGGCUUAAAAAGAGAAAAUCCCUCUACCAUUAAAUUAAACAAAGCAUAUUUUGAUUUCCAAAGUAUUUUCAGCCAUGUCCUCCUCCAGUACCGGCGGGCCACACAUCCUGGCCUAUCCAUACCCAGACUCCGGUCACAUCAUACCUCUUCUCGACCUCACCCACCGGUUAAUCGCCCGUGGCUUAACGGUCACCGUUUUGGUCACCGCCGAAAGCCUCCCUUUACUCCAACCGCUCCUCUCUACCCACCCUUCUUCAAUCCAACCCUUGGUCCUCUCCGCCCCCCCAGGAGAGAGUCGCGUUGCUAAGGUGCACGCCAUGAGCCAACUUCACUAUCCUACACUCCUCCAGUGGUUCCGUUCCCACCCUUCCCCCCCUGUAGCAAUUAUCUCCGAUUACUUCCUCGGCUGGACCCACCACCUCGCUUGCGAGCUCGGCGUGAGACGUCUCGUCUUCUCGCCGUCCGGUGCCUUUGGCUUCUCGAUUCUUUUGUCUCUGUGGCGAGACCUACCAAAACUUGACAUGGGUUCCCCGUUAUCGUUCCCCCAAAUUCCUCACUCCCCGGUUUUCCCAUGGCGGCAGAUCUCUCGUUACUAUAGAAAUGGUAAGGAAGGAGACCCAGAUUGGGAAUCUAACAGGAGUAACAUGCUCGAUGACAUAGCCAGCUGGGGUGUGGUUUUUAACUCGUUUGCUGAGUUGGAGCGAGUUUACUUGGAACACAUGCGCGCUGAACUCGGGCAUGAUCGAGUCUGGGCGGUGGGCCCGCUAUUGCCUCCGGAAGACAGCGUUGUAGGACCCGCUAACCGAGGUGGGCCCAGCUCGUUGCCUUGUCAUGAGGUUAUGACGUGGCUAGGCGCGCGAUAUGACAGUUCGGUCGUUUACGUAUGCUUCGGGAGUCGUUUCUCGUUGCCGAGGAAACAGAUGGAUGCGCUGGCCGAAGCUUUGGAGUGUAGUGGGGUCCAGUUUAUUCUGUGCGUUAGGCGACACGUGGGCGAUGAUGAUGAUGAUAAGGAGGGAGCGAUUCCUGAUGGGUUCGAAGAUCGUGUGGAGGGUAGGGGUUUAGUGAUAAAGGGAUGGGCUCCACAGGUGGCCAUACUGAGUCACCGAGCCGUGGGUGCAUUCUUGACUCACUGCGGGUGGAACUCAGUUCUGGAAGGGGUCGCCGCCGGGGUGGUGAUGCUGACAUGGCCGUUGGGCGCGGACCAGUUCACGAAUGCGAAACUAUUGGUUGAGCAGCUAGGCGUGGGAAUCAGAGCAGGUGAAGACACAGAGAAUAUUCCCGAGUCGACUGAGUUAGCUCGUCUAUUGGCUGAAUCUGUGAAUGCUACAAGGCCAGAGAGAGUCCGAGUCAAGAAGCUUAGAGACGCCGCCUUGGAUGCGAUCAAAGGUGGGAGCUCGGAUAAAGAUUUGGAUGAUCUCCUGAAGCGGCUAAGUGUCGCUUAGCAAUUUGAAUGCUGUUUUCCAUGAUAUUUCAAUAAUGGAAGCUCGUCAAAGUGGAAACUGUAACUGUAAUAAUGAAGUAUAUAUGUAACUCUUAAUAUAUUUAU